AUGUAUUUGACAAAAAGAAACAUACAGAAAUUUGUGAUAGAUUUGUCUGGAAAGAAAUAUUUGGGUCUACAAAAUAAGAUGGGCAAAAACAAUGAUAGUAAUCCCACAAUAGAUAUCAGCAGAGUAGUGGCCACUUCUUCUAGAGCUAAAUUAGGAAACAAUCAAUCUGCUGAAACCAGGAAUCACAUUUCUACCAGGCCCAUCAGGAUUUGUAGAACCUUGGAAAAACCAAAAAUAGAAAUUUUUAGCAGUGCAUAUCUAUCCAUAAAAGAGUUAUUAGAAAAGGCCAAAAUAAUAACUGAAAGUUCAGUAUCUCCCUUUUACAAAAGCAGACUAGAAAAAUACUGGAAUGUCUAUAAAAACUUUUGUAAAAGGUUUGACUUGGAUCCUGAAAACACACAAGAGGAUGAAAUCCUUGCAUUUGAUCCAUUACCAAUGACAGCCUUAAGGUAUUAUUUAGACAUGCCACCAAUCUGGCAAGAUAGACUUAUGUAUAAAAGAGACCUAGCAUUGGUAGCCUUAGGCCUAAGAACAAUAAGAAGACCUGGAGAGUUAAGUGACCUAAGUUUGAGAGACAUAAGGUGGAACAAUGAAGAGAUCCUGUGGCAAUAUCUAGUUGUUUACCCAAAAACAGGUCCAGAAGACCCUCUAAUUUUGUCAAAUCAAGAAAGAAAAAUGAUAAGAGGGGCUACAGCUGCAAUGAUAACAGGUAUAAGCCUUACACAGAUCCGAGCCAUUGGUGGUUGGGAUUCUAAGGUAGUCAUGCUUUAUCUGAGGAUGUUCUCUAUUGCAAUCUGA